GAAGAGGGGGAGGGAGACUCUGGGCUGCUGCCGCGCGGCUGUGUGGGUUUCUUUACACUCGCUGGCAGGCUGGGUGCCGGAUCCCUCGCCCGCCCAGGAAAGUGGGUUACGGAGGGAAGAGGCUCAGCUCAGAUGCUGGCAAAGGAGCAUCCAGCCACAGAGACCAGAGAACACCUUCCUUUUUGCUGCCUCGUCUCCAUCCUUUCUAGAGGGUUUUAUAUUUGCACUCUCUCUUUUAAAAUUUUGUUUCUUUGACUUUUCCCCACCUCUGCUCUGGUUUUAUGAGGGCUUUGUUAAGUCUUAGACGGGAAAGAGACUGAGUGAGGGAAAGAAAGAGGCAAAGUGGAAAGGACCACAAAUUGGCAAAGCCUGUUCUGCUUUUGCUGUGGAUGAAAGUCCUCUGUUUGUAAAGCCCUCUCGGCGUGAGCAGCACGCGCACCCUCCAGAGUAGCCGGACCCUGCACCGCACCUCGGCGUGGCCACCAUGGUCGCCAGAGUUCAGCCUGAUCGGAAACAGUUGCCGCUAGUCCUACUGAGAUUGCUCUGCCUUCUUCCCACAGGACUGCCUGUUCGCAGCGUGGAUUUUAACCGAGGCACCGACAACAUCACCGUGAGGCAGGGGGACACGGCCAUCCUCAGGUGCGUUGUAGAAGAUAAGAACUCAAAGGUGGCCUGGUUAAACCGUUCUGGCAUCAUUUUUGCUGGGCAUGACAAGUGGUCUUUGGACCCCCGGGUUGAGCUGGAAAAACGCCAUUCUCUGGAAUACAGCCUCCGAAUCCAGAAGGUUGAUGUCUAUGAUGAGGGUUCCUACACUUGCUCGGUGCAGACACAGCAUGAGCCCAAGACCUCCCAAGUUUACUUGAUCGUGCAAGUUCCACCAAAGAUCUCCAACAUCUCCUCGGAUGUCACUGUGAAUGAGGGCAGCAAUGUGACCCUGGUCUGCAUGGCCAAUGGCCGUCCUGAACCUGUUAUCACCUGGAGACACCUUACACCAACUGGAAGAGAACUUGAAGGAGAAGAAGAAUAUCUGGAGAUCCUCGGCAUCACCAGGGAGCAGUCAGGCAAAUAUGAGUGCAAAGCUGCCAAUGAGGUCUCCUCGGCGGACGUCAAACAAGUCAAGGUCACUGUGAACUAUCCUCCCACUAUCACGGAAUCCAAGAGCAAUGAAGCCACCACAGGGCGAAAAGCUUCUCUCAAAUGUGAGGCCUCGGCAGUGCCUGCUCCUGACUUUGAGUGGUACCGAGAUGACACCAGGAUAAACAGUGCCAAUGGCCUUGAGAUUAAGAGCACGGAGGGCCAGUCCUCCCUGACGGUGACCAACGUCACUGAGGAGCACUAUGGCAACUACACCUGCGUGGCUGCCAACAAUCUGGGGGUCACCAACGCCAGCCUCGUCCUUUUCAAGCGUGUUUUACCCACAAUCCCCCACCCCAUUCAAGGACCUGGGUCGGUGAGAGGAAUAAACGGAUCCAUCAGUCUGGCCGUACCACUGUGGCUGCUGGCAGCAUCUCUGCUCUGCCUUCUCAGCAAAUGUUAAUAGAAUAAAAGUUUCAAAAGAAUUAAAAAAAAAAAAACCACACAAAAAUGCGUCACACAGGAUACAGAGAGAGAGAGCAAGGUGGGGGGAGACUGUUUAUUUCACAACUUGUGUGUUUAUAAAUGAAGGGGGAAAAUAAGAAAACGAAGAAGAAAAUACAACAUUUAAAACAGUUUUAAAGUCCAUCAAUAAAAAUUGGAGUAUAAUUCAGGGUGGGAAGAUUUCUACCAGAGUAUGUGUAUAUCUAAGCAAAUGUACACUGUACAAAGACUCCAUAGUGGUUGGGAGACCCGGAUUCUGUAAAAAUAAGACAAGUGAAGAAGUACCAGAUGGAUAUAACCCCACCACCAUACACACACACUUUAUCCUUCCUUCAUACUUUUUCAUCUGUGGGGAAAGAAACAAUAAGGUCUCACCUUUGGUGUUUCUAUAUCCAUCAUCAUUUUAUUCUGUGUUUUGUUUGAGCUGACUCAUAGCCAUUCAGACUAUCAAUGGAACCCACGCAGAGUCCUCUGCUGAGCCUUUGUCUGGCUUUCCUGCCUCCACUGUCUCUCCAACUUUUAAGACCAUCUCCUUUCCCUCCAGUGUGUUCUAGCUCCCCCACCUCUGCUCGGGGAUAUCCCCUCUGAACCCUCACCCACCAGCCGCUUCCCUUUGCCCCCGCCCCCAGCACUAGUCACACUGCUGAUGCUAGGAAGUGCCAUUUAAUUCUCUCCACUGUGCGCGCGUGCUGUCUCGCUCUCAACGUGGGUGUACGUGUGUGUGAGCGUGUGUCUCUCUCUAAAGCAUGCCGAGGGAAUGGUCCACGUGUACAUAGACCCAUUGUGCUAUAGAUACCGUCCCUCACUGUAAUCUUGAGAUGCGGGUGUGACUAGGAGCUGGGGGCCUGUGAUAGGGAAGGAGGCCUGGAACAGAGACUCUCCCCCAUCCAUGUCACAGGCCCUCAGUGUGUAUUCAGACCAAGUUGUGCCCCGCCUAAGGGCAGAACCUCAUUUUUCUCCCAGUCCAGCCAUCAGAACCCAGUCCAGAGUCACUCAGAUUAUCACUGUCGAUGAAAGUGCCUACAAUUGAUAGGGUGAGCAAACAGACAGAAUCAGUGCUGUGGAUGAGGUGACCUAGGAUAGAAGAUUUCUGAUUUCACUCUUGUUUCCCCCGUCUGAGGGAUUCCUAGAUUUCCUGGCAUUUUGCAGACGUGGUCCGUCUUUGCUGCAGGAGUGAGUAGCAUCCAUUGAGCAGAUCCCCAGAAGUAGGGAGAUCUCUAAGUAUUAACUCCCAAUGAAAGGAUGAUGAGACAUGUGGAGAUCCUAAGCAGCCCUGUUUUGCCCCCUCUCCACUCUUCAAAUCACACUGCAUUUGUCCCACAGAUUUCCCUGAGCAGAGAUUCUUCCCAAUUUCAGAUAAAAUAGCAUGAACGUGGUAGGAGAAGGGCAGAUGCCCAGGUCACUACUCGUAAUGGUAGAAAUACUGUCAGGACAAAGCAUUGAUCAGAGCAAAAAGGAACCCACCCAUGUGCUCCUUUGCAGAUCUCUGUCCUGGUGUUCUAGGCUAGUACCUUAUUUGGUCACCCACAUUAUCUCACUGCACAUCCACGGAUUUGCAGCACUGCUCUUCCUAGUAGCCCUUCAUUAUUCCAGGCCAGACCACUAGGAACGGCAUUAGAUUCCAUCUUUGCUGCUCACUCUUGGUUUCUAGUCUCCGAAAAAAAUACAGUGGAGGAUACAGUGUUGAUGUUUACAUCUGCAAAAGUCCUCUUGCCAUGAACACUGAAAUAAUGUGUUAGUUCUUAACCAGAAGAGCUGAGAAACUUGUAAUAAUUUAGGCAAAAGUUGUAUACAUGACCACAAAGUUUAGCAUCACCACCACACCAGAAGGAAUAGGAAAGGCUUUACAGAGAGAGCUGGCUCUCCAUGUGUAGAUACCUUUGUCAGGAAACCAGCCAUUGCUUUCACUUAGACUGUAGGAGGCAUUGGAAAUGGCUCAGUUAACGGAAGGACAUAGGAUUGUUCUUGAGGUCAUCAUUGACUAUUUCAGUGGAGCCAAAUAUGGUAGCUCACCAAGCCUUAGAACCUGCAAAACAGCUGUCACGUGAUAUAAAACAAGGAAAUUCAAAACUGCAAAUCAGAAAAGAAAGGAAGGAAGAGAGGAAGGAAAGAAGAGAUAUAAAGAAAGGGAGGGAGGGAGAAUAAGAAAAAGGACGAAGGAGAGGGAGGAAGGAAGGAAAAUAAAUCUAAAAUAUAUCUUGAAUAGAUUAAUCAAAAUUCUUUACAAUGAAGCUCAUUUUUGAAGAUAAUGAUUUUGGUGAGCAGUACUUUUAAUCUCUUCUGGGGAGUCUAUUGUUUGUUUUAAAAGCUUAUCACCAGAAUUUUAUGAUUUUGCAGUUUAGACAUGAAACUGAAGAGCAAAUUGGGCUUGGGGAUGGGUAAAAUUAUCUGUGACAGAUCCCUGCAUAGGAUCGAAAUUCUCAUCCACGAUGGUAGCUACUAAAAUAUAGAGGUGAGCCAUACUCCUAUGCAGCAUCAAUUUAUUGACAAUCAGGGAUUUCUUUAACAGUUAAGUCUUCUUAGUACAGGAACAAAAGCUUAUCAUCCUUGAUGAUAAAUAUUCCCCAUAUAUUGAUGAGUCAGCCUCAUCCUUAAGUGGAAGCUUUAGAGGAGUGCAUGCUAAUUUAAAGAUAUAUAAGAAGAGAAAAGUAGCAGGCAUUAAUUCAGUUUAGUAUCCAUUUCAGAAACAGAUUCCCAUGGCAUGUCACAGAUUUUAAUCAUACACUUAGAUUUCUUAUUGUCUUUACCCUAAGGACAAGGUCUUGGUUUUAUGGAAGGAGAUUCUCCAUUGAAAGAAAUGUCUUUGCCGUGUCAGCACCAUGUGUUCCCUGAGUUUUAUUAUAAUGGUCCAUAUAUUAAACAUAAUUAAACGUAUAUUGAAUAUUGUGUUGUUUGCAUAUAUCUCUGGUAGGAUUGGGGAAUUUUGCCCUGUCUCCUGUUUCAGAGCAGUCACUUAUCCCAGAAAUGUCAUAGGUUUGAGAAUGUCUUUAAGCAAUGUGAAAAAUGGAAGAGAAAGUAGCUUGGAGAAAGGUCAGGAAAAAGGUAGAAGCCAGAGGACUGACAUCAUGAGAUUGAGUUUGAACAUGGGACUUCUUGGAAUUUAGUUCAUCAUCGUGUGAUAAAUCUCUUCAAGAAUUUUGCCCUUUGAUAACGAAGGUUUGAAACCCUGCAAUGAAAAGAACCAACAGGUUGAAAACAAUAGACUGAGCGGAGUGAAAUACAUCAGUUAAUCUGAACAGCUAAUCUAUUUAAUGUCCUUUUUAUGAAAAAUGAAACUCCACCCUUCAUAAAACAAAAUCCUUAGACCUGACUUGCCGUUAACUAAAGCGGAAAUGACCUUGACCAAAGACACUUCCUGAAGAACGAAAUCCAUCCUAGGUUUCAUGACUGCAUGAUUAGAUCCUCUGUGGGAUUGUUCACCAGGAGGUUUGGCCUUGUUGUAGGAACAGUUUUAUCAGGUUUGAGACGAAAAAAAAAAAAAAAAAAAAAUCCCUCUGCCC